AUGCAAGAAACUGUCAGCCUGCUGCAGGGCGUGCCUCCCGAGCCCUAUCACGCGGUCACGCAGGCGGAGGCCCGUGUGCUGUACGAAUCGACGUGUUCCGUGCGGAAAACGAACACAAACGGUAGCUGCUGGCCUGGCGCAGACUCAGACGCGGAGGCAGACGACACGGAGUUCUUCCCGCUACACCCGGUCACUACGACCACGGCGCACGAACUUGUCUACUUGCUCAAGAACUCGGUGCCCGUUUUCUUCACCUUCUUCAUCCAGUACCUGAUCCAGAUCCUCAUCCCCACCUACUUUGCCAGCCAGCAGGGCGCCGUGCACAUGUCCUCGUGCACGCUGUCGAUAACCGCGUUCUAUCUGACAGGCCCCGUCCUCGUGAACGGGUUCGCGUCGUCGCUGGACACGCUCUGCUCAACCGCGUUUGGCGCAAAGCACUACUACAGGGUCGGACGCUACUACGUCCAAUGCACCUUGCUUCUUCUCGUCCUGAUGCUGCCCUCGAUGUGGUUCUGGUCGCACUCGUUUCCCUUCUUCGACCGCAUCACGCAUAUCAGCUACCCGGACGACUCGCAGCUCCCAGACCUCUGUGCGUCGUUCCUCUCGGUGUUCACGUUCGUUGCCCCAGCAGUGGUCAUCUUCGAAUGCACGAAGCGGUUCCUACAGUCCCAGUGCAGGUUCUCGGUGCCGACCCGUGUUGUUGUCUGUGGCAUUCCUGUGGCGAUCGCCAUCAACCUCUUGCUGAGAAGCUACCUCACCGACGAGAGAUACCAGCAUGUGGCACCCGCCAUAGCGUUCGUUCUCACCUACUGGCUCAUGGCUAUCUCUCUCUUGGCAUGUGCCUUGCUCCUCGACCAGUACCAUUGUUUGCCAUCUCUCGAUGAGCUGAAAACUUGGACCCUGCACUCGUUUCUCACAGACCUAGGCAUUUUUUUCAAGUUGGGCGUGCCAGGAAUACUCAUGAUCCUAUCUGAGGCGUUUGCAUUCCAGAUCCUAACCUUCUCGGCAAUAACCUUUCCAAAAUCACAGUUGGCUGCACAAAGUAUAGUGGCAACUUUGGCUUCUUUGGCAUUCCAGCCACCUUACGCAAUAGGAAUCUGCUGCUCCACUCAUAUCGCAAAUAUAAUUGGUGCUCGCUCUUCAAAUUACAAGCCUGCUAUGUCAGCGAUAUACAUCAUCAUGGCACUAAUGUCGGUUUUCAACUUUACUUGGUUCUACUUUCUAAGAGAGCAGAUUGCUUCGCUUUUUACGAGUGACAAAGAGAUUCUAAGUCUUGCAUCGAAAUUGGCUCAGAUCAUAGCAGUGAACCAGUUCCUUGAUUGCUUCAAUGUUAUAUGUGCGGCAGUGUUGAGAGGUCAGGGUAGACAGAAAAUAGGUUCUGUAAUGUCCCUUAUCGCUUAUUACAUUGUGGGACUACCUUUGGAAUUGUACUGGGGAUUCAAACUAAACUUCCAAAUCUUUGGAUUAUGGAUAGGUUUGGCACUAGCGGUUAAUUUCCUAUCUAUUGUGGAACUCAUUAUCGUCUACAAAUCUGAUUGGAUAACAAUCAUGAAGCAAAACCAUAAAUUGGCGUAG